AUGAUCACCCUUCACCAAGAAAGUCAAAUCCAAAAGGAAAGCCAAAAGCAAAUGAUCAUCAACUCCAACAAAACUAAAUUGUUGGCAGAUCCCAAAAUUUCAAUAAGACAGGUGGAUCGCGAGUUGCCAAAUUUGAAUAAAAUUUUAAGUGUUGUAAAUGAAGAUGACACUCUACCGGACUUUUCAUUAACAACAUUAUGGCGUCUUUUAAAAUCUAGUGGUUUCAAAUUUACAACAGUGCGUAACAGACGUAACAGUGCGUUAAUUGAAAAUGACGAAAUUCGGGAAUGGCGUAGACGAUAUAUCAGGGAUAUAAGACGAUAUCGGGAGGAAGGCCGACCGAUAUACUACAUCGAUGAAACGUGGGUGAACGCCGGAGAUGUAGCAAUAAGGGUAUGGUGUGAUACUACAGUAGAAUCGAGCCAAGCUGCAUUUUCACAGGGUCUUUCUACCGGAGCAGCUAACCCCACUGGAAAAGGAAAACGACUCAUAGUGUGUCACAUCGGCUCCAAAAAUGGAUUUGUCCCUGAUUCAUUAUUAUGCUUUGAGUCGAAGAAAAACACCAACGACUAUCACGAUGAAAUGAAUGGCGAUAGUUUCCGUGAUUGGUUAGAAGGUGUUUUACCGAGGCUCAAAGAUAAUGCGGUCAUAGUAAUGGACAACGCGCCAUACCACUCGGUAAAACUUGAAAGAUUCCCGACGUCAAAUUGGAGGAAGGCUGAUAUUAUCGAAUGGCUAGAAAGUAAAGGAGAAGUUGUUGACAAAAGUAUGAUAAUACCAAAACUUUUGAGAGUUGUCAGAAUAAUAAAACCUAUGUACAACAAAUACGUCAUCGACGAGAUGGUUUUGCAACAAAAUAAAACAGUCUUAACCCUUUCAGACCCGAAUUAUUUUAACUGA